AAUUAUUAGCAACAAGCAAGCAAGCAGUGGCUCUCGACCGAUCUUUGCAUAAGCUUAUCCAUCACAUUAAAAUGGGUAAACGCUUAAUUAGUCUUCAUGGGGAAGAGCUGCGGCGUCUGACGAAAUUGGUUCACUACCAGGAAGUAGAGAACAUUAAACACAUCCAAUUCAAGUCGGAAGCCGAACGGCGAAAAUACCUGAACGAAAGCAAAGCUUGCUACACAUCAGCAUUGGAGCUUUUGGAUAGUGGUGAGAAAAUAAAAAAGGAUUAUGAAAAGGAUGAAACUCGUCGAUCUGAAGCUGCCCAUCAAAUCUUCUCAGCUAUGGAAUGGACUAUCAACAGUUCUUUCCAGUGCGUCCGCAACUACACCAUGCGAAGGAGCCUCCUUAACAAAGCCACUGAAUAUUCCAAAACUCUCAUCCAUAAACUCCACAACUUGGAUCCUAACGACACUUCAGGUGCUCUUAAACUAUUCGCUGAUGCAAAGGAAUACGAGAAAGCUAUGGUGGAGUAUGCCACCAAGCAUUCAAAUCCUGUUCUUUCCUCUUUCUCCAACUGGAUCAAGAAUGAACACAUCACCUUCGAGAGCUUACUCAUCAGGUUUAAGAAUAAGCUUAAGUUUGAAAAGCCUUUCAAGGAACUUGAAAAUGCACAAAAGGUGCAGGUUUACGAGGAAAUCCUGGAGGCAUCUGGGAGGGGAAGAGGUCUGUCAAUAGGGUUCGCGGAAGUUGUUGGGGCUGCAGGGGUAGCCGUACUCCUGUUCACGGCAGGCGUUAUGGUAUGGGACGUAUAUACCUCGGAACACAAGUUUCAAACGGCGACACGCGAUGCCGUGGUAGCGACAGCGUUGGUGGGGGGUUCGAUGCUCGGGAAUAUCGUCGGAGCAGCCUUGACUACGGAGUUAGUGGGUGCAGAGGCAGCUGUGCUUGGGGUGAGUCUGGUGGCAGAGGGAGGAUUCAUUGUUGGCAUUGCGGGGGCUUUCAUUUUGAGCAUGGCCGCCGGGUGGCUGAUUGAUAAGCUGUUUAGCACAGGGCAAGUGUCCCACGUCACCAAGCAUACCACCCAAUCUGAACAUUGCUACGUUGCCCCUAUGCCCGAUGGCAAGGCUUUGGCUUUUCAAAUUGCUCAUCAAAGGCAAGCUAAGUGAUCAUUACAAGUCUCUUAGACGCACACCCCAUAUCCUCUCUACAUCUACUAUAAUGGUAUGGUGGUAGAUGUUUUAUAUAUAAUAUAUAUACUAAAAAUAGUAGGGUAAUCAUAUUGUAAAAUUAAUGUUGUAUGUGAUGGUUUGCGGUGUCGUGAUAUGUAUAAAAGUAAAUUAAAUAAAUAAAUCCACCACCAAUUAAGUGAUGGUUAUGAAUAAAUCCAGUUUGUUUCCUAUCA